AAUACCCACGGAGACACGAAGGUGCUUAAGAAUGUCAACAGAGCCCAGGAGAAGCAGAAAGAGCACUUUGCCCGACGAAAAGCAAAGGUGUAAAAUCUUUCACGUUCAGCGUUGGAGACACCGUCCUUCAUCGUGUAAUGAAGAACCUGAGCCGCAAGGGGGGAAAGACUGGACCUUUGUGGAAUGGUCCCUACAGCAUCCUGGAGAUCAAUUUAAACCAGAGAGUCCAGCUCAAGUGCUGCCAGAGAGGAGAGGUCCUUAAAGUGAAGGUACCCUAUGACCAGCUAAGACCCCAUAAAGUCAGCGACCUUCAUCCAGACAACUCUCCAGAAAAUUCCCCCCCAGUCUCGCCAGCCCCCGAGUCUCCAGCGUCUGUCGUGACCCCACCAGCAGCCCCCGAGUCUCCAGCGCCUGUCGUGACCCCACCAGCAGCCCCCGAGUCUCCAGCGCCUGUCGUGACCCCACCAGCAGCCCCCGAGUCUCCAGCGCCUGUCGUGACCCCACCAGCAGCCCCCGAGUCUCCAGCGUCUGUCGUGACCCCACCAGCAGCCCCCGAGUCUCCAGCGUCUGUCGUGACCCCACCAGCAGCCCCCGAGUCUCCAGCGUCUGUCGUGAACCCACCAGUAGCCCCCGAGUCUCCACCGUCUGUCGUGACCCCACCUGCAGCCCCCGAGUCGCCAGUGCCCCCGCCUGCCAAGUCGUCAUUGCUGUCAGUGCCCCCCAUCUUCGCCGCCCAAAGCGAGCAGCCAAAAGAAAAGCUGACAUCUUCAUAACAAGUGUGACUGCCCCCAAAUCCCGCAAAGUAGGCCCCGUUCCCAUCACGAAAUGUGCACGCAAGAUCAAGAAUAUGGAAGCCCUUUGCUCCAGACUUCAAACCGACAGCUGGCUGGAUGAUGAGCAGACAGACCACGCCCAGGCAAUGUUAGUCGAACAUUUCCCCGCAAUCGGUGGAUUUCAAGCAGUCUGUGUUUUUGAGCCAGCUGCAAGCCAGAAUGUCAGCAAGCCGAACACAGACUUCAUCCAGGUUCUCAAGAUAUCUGGAAAUCACUGGGUCACCCUGAGUAAUUUUGGCCAAGCUGAUCACAACGCGAUCGUGAUUUACGACUCUUUGAACAGUUCUCUCCCCCUUGAUUCCAGGGAUAAGGUUUUGAGGCAAAUUGCAUGCAUGAUUCAUGCAAGAGAGCCACACGUGUGUAUUCGGUGGGCAGACAUAAAGAGACUGGCUCAGAUGACUGCGGUCUCUUCGCGAUUGCAUAUGCCACUGCUCUUUGCCAUGGCCUUGCACCACAAGACUGUGACUGGGACCAGCAUAUGAUGCGCCAACAUCUCGCUGACUGUUUUAGACAAGAUGUCCUGCUCCCCUUCCCUGAUGCCCCGAGGCCCCGUACCCACCAGUCCUUCACACACCAUGAAUAUUUUGACAUCUUGUUGUGAAAAUGUAGGAACACGGACCCACAACAGGCGGCGUUAAAUGAACGGGCAAUGGAUAAGCCAAACAGUAACAAUUUAAUGUUGUGAAGUGCACAACGGAAUACAGACAAAUACAGUUAUGGUAAUACAAUUAUAUGUAGAGUGACGUGUGGGCAGGCUUGAGGAUAGAAGACGUCCGUCCAGCGGAAAGGAGCAGGGAAAGCAAGGUUGGUCUGAGGUUUGUAUGCUCUCUCCGAAGCUUCUCCCCUUUGCGCAAAGCUCACAAAAGAGAUCUCUGUCUAAUGUUAUGCUUUGAGAAACUGUGUUUUGCAGGAUACGAUCUCAGG